GGGGCGGCGAGCGACAAGAUGGCAGUGCAGGCGGUUCACCUGGAGGCCGAUGCUUUCCUCGUGUGUCUCAACCAUGCGCUGAGCACGGAGAAAGAGGAGGUCAUGGGGCUCUGCAUCGGCGAGGUUGACACCAGUCGAAUUGUGCAUAUCCAUUCUGUCAUCAUCCUGCGCCGCUCGGAUAAGAGAAAAGACCGUGUGGAAAUCUCACCAGAGCAGCUUUCAGCUGCUUCUACUGAAGCAGAGAGGUUGGCUGAAAUGACUGGACGUCCCAUGAGAGUUGUGGGCUGGUAUCACUCUCAUCCUCAUAUUACUGUCUGGCCAUCACAUGUUGACGUCCGCACACAAGCCAUGUAUCAGAUGAUGGACCAAGGUUUUGUAGGGCUUAUAUUUUCCUGCUUCAUUGAGGACAAAAACACAAAGACAGGCAGGAUUCUCUACACCUGUUUCCAAUCCAUUCAGGCCCAGAAGAGCUCUGAAUAUGAAAGGAUUGAAAUUCCUAUUCACGUUGUCCCCCAUGAAACCAUUGGGAAAGUGUGUCUGGAAUCAGCUGUAGAGCUGCCCAAGAUCCUUUGCCAAGAAGAGCAAGAUGCUUACAGGAGAAUUCACAGCCUCACCCAUUUAGACUCCGUAACCAAGAUUCACAAUGGCUCAGUGUUCACAAAGAACCUCUGCAGCCAGAUGUCUGCCAUCAGUGGGCCGCUCCUCCAGUGGCUGGAGGACAGAUUAGAGCAGAACAAACAGCGAGUGCAGGAGCUGCAGCAGGAGAAAGAGCAGCUCCUGGAGGAACUAGCUGCUUUAGAGUGAAGGAGGCAACAUAGACCUUUCAGAAGACAAACAUGGAAAAAAAAAAACCUCUGCAAGACCUACUCCUGGCUGAAGGGUGGCCCAACAUUGCCUUACAGGGAGGAUACUGCUGUGCCUCUUCUCUUGCCCCAUGCAGCAAAGAGCACUUCUGCAGGAUAAGGGCUUUAUCUGCCCCAGCUUAAUGGAAAGCAGUGGUGUCUUUCCAGGUGCUGCGCGAUGCAGUGCCCUUCUAGCUCAGUGAUGGGGGUGGGUAGCACAUGAAGAGACUUUAGUUCUGGAGGACACACACCUAGGGAGCAAAGGGGUUUGUCCUCCCCUGUCUGUUGACAGAAAUCUUACUGCUUUAUAUGUAUUCCAGGAGCCUAGAACAGGAGAGUUAGAGGGGAAAAAAGUGUUUCUCUGCAGUCAUAUCUGAUGCUGCCAGCUUCUGCCUUUUAGUGGAAUCAGUUGACCAUGACUUGUAUCUAGUAAUGGUCUGGGUUGUCUACACAGGCAGGUAAGACUUGGUGGGAGGGAAGCUUGGGAGGAGAUGUGGCAGAACUUGGACAUAGGAUCUGUGUGCAGCAUACUCAACACCAAAUAAAGUAUUCCAAAGCCAGAGCUGUUUGGAGUAGGAAUGAAAUGGAUGCUACAGAAUGCCAGUGGCUGCAGGUGUUGGACAGUGUAUUUUAUUUCAUGGAACUGGUGCAUGCCCAGCACUGAGAUUCUCUACAAAAUGGACAUUUUCUGCUCAGUGGAAGCAGUGUAGUUUCUUCCCAGAGGGAGAAAGGUUAAGAUGUUGAGAAGAGAACUGAUAGAUAUGCAAGCCUAUCAUUCCUACAUGCUGAACUGAAUUGCAUUCAGUCUGAUUUCAUUAGAUAGAAAUGAAAUAAAAUGCCUAAUUCUUCACAUGUUCUUGCUACUGCAUAGCAGAGUAUCCACAAUCAUGUACAUAGUCAUUUGCAUUCUGUUGUGGGGAGUCAUAAAAUCAUUUUAAGUUGGAACAGACCUUUAAGAUCCAAGUGCAGAUGUUAAUCCAGCACUGGCAAGUAUCUCCUUGUGAACAAAGAUACCAACAGCACAGUUAAGACUUCUGUUUCAGCUCUUUGGUUCUUACCUAAGGCCUUGGACACUCAAGGAGAUGAAAAUAAGCUGCCUGCAUUUCUGCAGUGGACGCUGUGAUGGCUUUGACAACUCAUUGGUUUGGCUUGCUUUGGGAGAAUGAAAGUAACCUAGCUGAGAGAGAGGUGUACACUUCCUUUCAGUGAAUAGCAAAUAUUAGCAACUGUAAAUUGCUGUCAGACCUUGGAAGCCCCUCAGCUAGCUUGGUUUGGUCAGACUUCACUUAAUCUUUCUGCAUUGACCUUGAACAGUAGAGCAUCUUUGAAGUAAAAUGCUCAUCACUUAUGUUUCCCCCCCUUAAAUUUAAAUAUUUAAGUAGUUUUUGAACUGUCA